AUGAAUACAUCAGCCGCUGGCCUGAAAAUGCAGUGGGCCAGUCCAAGUGAUGUCACAUCGAUUCUGAUGAUAAUAGGUGGGGAUGUGGUACAGAAAGCCCUGGCGCAAGGGACAGGGAAGGUCUAUACCCCGGUCUGCUUCUCAUUUGGAUGUGUUGCGUACGCCUUUGUGUCCCUCGUCAGCAUCAUUGGCGAUGGUCGACUACUACCGCCGCCCGACUACCCGGCGAAGGUAUUCAAUCUGGACUCGGGCUACCAGCGGGAGAACAAGAACUGGGUCGUUGGACGCAUCCUUCGCGACCUCGAGUCAUACUUAUCACGGACUGAUCCAAUUGGGGAUCACGGCAUGCGGAUCUCUGUGUUCGAGGCAACUCUGAACAUGAACGGUCCGGCGUCAUUUUCUUGGGGCCGGAUUCAUGCCGCAGGCGCCUUGAUCACGGUUUUGCAGUUAGCCCUUGCGGUGGUUCCCAUCGUGCUGGACCGUGAAUGGACAGUGAUGAUGAUAGUCGUAGCUGGGACAUUCAUGGUGCAGAUCACGGGCUGGCUUCCACAGUGGAGGGCCGAAAAGCUCCCCAAUAGACAGCGCUCAAACACUGCGUACGCACUUACAUCUGGGAAUGGAUCUAGAGACGUGAUUGUUAUCUUCGGUAGGGGUUAUUGCCUGGACCUCGAGGAGCUGUGCGCCUCCGGAAGCCCUCGCACAAGCAGGCCGUGGGAAAAGUUCACGCUGUUCUCAAAGCCCAAUACCAGAAAUGAUGGGACGCAAGAGCUGCUAAGGCGGGAAUCGAGGUGUCGAGGAUCGAUAAAUGCCUAUGGUCUUCCAAUGGGAUUCUGGAUCACAAAGAUAAUGAGCGGAGUACUCUCCGUGUUCUGGUUGCUGCUUCUUAUCAAUGUCGCCGCAGAAAAACAGCAUACUUGGUAUCUGCUAGGGAUUGGUGCAACUGGAAUGUUCCAAAACGCCUGGCUCGCGGCGACUGAGACAUCGUCUGAGAGACACAAUUUACCUCUAAUCCUUAUUGACACUAUCAAGACACAAAAGGUCAUGGACUGUCUGAUGGACUUUCAGACGUCCUACCAGCAGGCGAGGCCAUUGCUGAAAGAGUUCUUCCCAGGUAGGCUUCGCCCGCUUGAGGAAAAAUGGUGGUACGGGCAAGGAGACAAGGACAAGGACCCUUAUGAUGCCGAGCGGAGAAAGGACGAAAUCGCUCGCGGAAGGCCUAAGCGUCCCGUCAAGAAUCGCUUUCAACCAUCCUCGGUCAUGACACAUGGUUCAAGCAGUUUCCGUCAAAGUCCAAGGAAAUAUUUCUCGAGCGGACAAAUUGGACACCACGAGGCCAGGACAUACACCUCAUCGACAGAUGCUACCUAG